AUGGAUGACAACAGUAGUUCGUGCGAUCGGGGAGAAAUUGCAUCCAAGAGACGAUUCAGAGAUGAUGUUGAAAAUGAGGAGAAGAUGGACGUUGAGACCAUUGAGGAGAUUAUCCUAGAUUAUCCUGAGGGAGGCAGGGUUGCAUAUUUUACCCUCCUAGGGUGUUUCCUUGGGUUGAUAGGAGUCUUUGGUCUUUGGAAUUCAACUGGUGCAAUUGAGUCGUAUAUCAGCACCCAUAUAUUAGCCGGUGAAAGCGACAUUGCCAUUUCUAUGAUUUUUGCCUUGUUUUCCUUUUUCGUUAUGUUUGGUAUUCUCAUUUCCGGUAUAAUAUUUGACAAGUAUGGAGGUAAGAAGCUAUGCUAUUCCGGGACGGUUCUUGUUACUGGAGGGUUAAUGGCUACCGCCAAUUGUAAGGAGCUAUAUCAAUUUAUACUUGCCUUUGGUAUUGUUUGUGGAACUGGAUGUGCAUUAUUGACUGGGCCAUUGGUUACAAGUGCAGGCCAUUUUUUCUCCAAAAGGAGGGGUGCAGCCAUGUCUGUUGUUAUGCCGGGAGCAUCAUUAGGUGGUGUUAUAUGGCCAUUAGUUUGUAGGUCGCUAUUUCCAAAAGUUGGGUUUGAAUGGACCAUUCGAACUUUAGGAUUUUGCAUUGGCCUAUUAACGGUAAUUUCGUCAUUUCUUGUUCAGGAUAGACACGAGGAUAUCCUGAGAAUUAAACAGUUGAAUGAGGGAGAUCAAAGGAAAGAGCAAACAAUGCGGGAGAAGCUUGAUGAUCUUGUUGAUUUCAAAUCUUUCAAAGAUUUGACAUUUAUGGUUCUUACUUUGGCCUUGUUUUUGAAUGAAUUCUCGCUUUUGAUGGUUAGCACAUACAUUCCAUCCUAUGCAUUAAAUAAAGGGUUUUCAGAGAGUGUUUCUUUGAUUGCAUUGACUGUUUACAAUGCUGCCGGUGUUGUUGGAAGAGUCAUUCCGACGUUGCUUUCCGAUAAGUUUGGGAAUUUCAACGUGAUGAUCAUUAUAUCGGGUAUUAUGACGUUAUCAAUUUGGAUACUAUGGUUACCGUUUGGGUCCAAUUUGGGGUGUUUCCUCACAUUCACCAUAACCUUUGGAUUUGCGUCGGCAGGAACAUUGGCCAUCACCCCCCUAUGCACUUCGGCGAUAUCCAAGCCCAAGGAUUUUGGUAAGAGGUACGGAACGGCAUAUUUCUGUGUCUCCUUUUGUAAUCUACUCAGUUUACCAAUUGGCAUGUCCUUAACAGAGACCUCGUUGGGUUAUAAUGCCAUGGUGAUAUUUGGAGGUGCUACAUGUACAUUGUGUACUGCAUGUUUCAUCUACACACGAUACCGUGUGGGCGGGUUCAAGAAAAUCAGUAUUUAG